AGACACUGUCUGGUUUCUGUGUGAUUAAAAGAACUAAUGACGUUGAAUUGAUUGCAGUGUUAUGCUUUUUAGAUCUUGAAUUAAAACAAUUUUGAACUAUUCAACUACAAUAGUUUUGAAACAACUACAAUAGUUUUGAAACUAUUCAAAUAACAUUUGUCCUGAUAUAUAGAAGAAUAUUAAGUACCUCUAAUUUAUUGGUGAAUAAGGUCUUACGGUUCUUUUCCUUCCUCCUCUUUUACAUAAACAGGUUAUUUCUCAAUUGAGAUUUAGAUCUUAUACUUCAUGUAUUGAUUUAUAUGCUAAUUUGAAAUAGUUUGAUGUUUUAAAGAUGCGUGCGUCCCAUUGACUCGGUCCAUGUGUUUGAAGAGCCGACGCUGAAAGCAAGUGUGGUUGUCUUAGGCUAGUCUAGAAGUUGUCCAGUAUCAGGUUUGAGCCAUAAAUAAAAUGUAUAUUUCCCUGUACCUGCGGUAUUUACUAAAACCUUUAGUAGGCGUAUGUUAGUUAAUUAAAUGAUGAAAAUACGUAAAGUGACGUGCCUAAGUUUUUUAAGUUUUUUAUGGGAUUCAGACUCAAGCCUAUGUUUAUCUUUAUGCACUACAGUUAGACUUCAUUUUGUCAAAGACUUCUUCACACAAUUAAGUUUGUUCAAGGCAUUUCAAGAUCCCCUUAAAGGUAACGGUGGCUAUCUUGUAGCAGUGGCUGUUAAAUGACCUAAAUUAAUAUGGGCUUAGAAUGUAAGACUGCUGUUGAUCUGCUGGGUCAGUGGAUUCCCUCUUCUGACAUUUCAGGCAAUGUGGUUUACAGUCCUGUUAAUAAAUGUACCGUAUGUGAAAAAUGGCAACUUAAUUGGCUAGUAGAUAUUGAUGUUACUGCAUGGACUUUCAACCGAAAGGUUUAUUGGCAUUCAAGCGCUCAUAUUCUUGGAGAGGCUAUGGAAAGUUAUUUUGGAGGCUGCUUGUGCUAUGGACCACCUAUUGAGAAUGGAUUUUAUUAUGACAUGUACAUUGAAGAUAGAGGCGUUUCUAGUUCUGAAUUCCCAGUACUAGAGAACCGCUGUAAAAAUAUCAUAAAAGAGAAGCAGCCUUUUGAAAGGCUAGAAGUCAAAAAGGAGAUCCUGUUGGACAUGUUUAAGUAUAACAAGUUUAAGUGUCGCAUCCUGAAUGAGAAGGUUGACACACCAACUACUACAAUAUACAGAUGUGGUCCACUGAUUGAUCUCUGCAGGGGCCCGCAUGUGAGAAACACUGGAAAAAUUAAGACCCUUAAAAUAUUUAAGAAUUCCUCUACGUAUUGGGAAGGAAAAGCUGACAUGGAGACUCUGCAGAGAAUAUAUGGAAUAUCCUUCCCUGAUAACAAAAUGAUGAAGGAAUGGGAAAAAUUCCAGGAAGAAGCCAGAAACCGGGACCAUAGGAAAAUUGGAAAGGAGCAAGAACUUUUCUUCUUUCAUGAUUUGAGUCCUGGAAGCUGCUUUUUCCUCCCCAGAGGUGCCUUUCUUUAUAAUACACUCAUGGAUUUCAUACGAGGGGAAUAUCACAGGCGUAACUUUACUGAAGUUGUGUCCCCAAACAUCUUCAACAGUAAACUCUGGGAAGCUUCAGGGCACUGGCAGCACUACAGUGAAAAUAUGUUCUCUUUUGAGAUUGAGAAGGAAACUUUUGCCCUUAAGCCGAUGAACUGUCCAGGGCAUUGCUUGAUGUUUGCUCAUCGUCCACGAUCCUGGAGAGAAAUGCCUCUUAGACUCGCAGAUUUUGGGGUUCUUCACCGAAAUGAACUCUCUGGGACUUUAAGUGGCUUGACUCGUGUUAGGCGCUUCCAACAAGAUGAUGCUCACAUCUUUUGCACAAUGGAACAGAUUGAAGAAGAAAUUAAGGGCUGUCUUGAUUUCUUGAAGUCUGUUUAUGCUGUCUUUGGUUUUACCUUUCAACUGCAUCUUUCUACAAGACCUGAAAAUUACCUAGGAGAGUUAGAGAUCUGGGAUCAUGCGGAACAGCAACUUCAAAGCAGCUUGGAUAACUUUGGAGAACCAUGGAGGUUGAAUCCAGGAGAUGGAGCAUUUUAUGGUCCCAAGAUUGAUAUUAAAAUCAAAGAUGCUAUUGGCAGAUACCAUCAGUGUGCUACCGUCCAGCUUGAUUUCCAACUACCCAUUCGAUUUAAUCUUACUUAUGUUGGUAAGGAUGGUGAUGAUAAGAAAAGGCCAGUGAUUAUUCACAGAGCUAUCUUGGGGUCCGUGGAGAGAAUGAUAGCUAUUUUAGCAGAAAAUUAUGGAGGAAAAUGGCCAUUCUGGCUGUCUCCACGACAGGUCAUGGUUGUACCUGUGGGACCUACUUCUGAAGAGUAUGCCCAGCAGGUUUGCAGGGAUUUUUUUGAAGCAGGAUUUAUGUCAGAUGUGGAUCUAGACCAGAGUUGCACAUUAAACAAGAAAAUAAGAAACGCGCAGCUGGCCCAGUAUAACUUUAUCUUAGUGGUUGGAGAAAAGGAGAAAGCAGAUAACACUGUCAACGUGCGAACAAGAGACAACAAAGUUCAUGGAGAGACUUCAAUAUCUUCUGCCAUUGAAAAACUGAAGAAACUUAAGAGUUCACGUACUCCAAAUGCAGAAGAAGAAUUCUGAUGUUGCUGUUAGUUAGCAUAAGUUUAUUUAUUAACUGCUCUGGUGAAAUAGUAUUUCUUUCCUCCUCUACUGCAGUAAGGACUCAUUUGCACGAAUUUCCAGUUAGGGCAUAUUCAGACCAAGCACGUUUUUUGGUGCUUAAGGAAUAGCAUGAAAGGACAGGUGCAACUGUCUAUUCCUUUGACAAUCCAGUGAAUCUGCACUAGUUGAUAAAGGCUAUCUACAAAAAUCUUACACCUCUACUAAAUUACUUUGAUUUUACUGUGUAAAUGAAUUGGGGAUGCGAUUAAGUCGAGGAACAGGACACUGGGAAGUGUACUGGCUGCUGCUGCCGCCAUCGCUGAAUUACCGCAAUCACGUAGUAGUUACAUAACUGACGUGACCUGGAAUCCAAAACUUGACAGUUGGUAGGUCUAUAAGGAAUAUUUUUGGAUCUUUUUUUUUUUCCGACUCCAAAUUAUGUCAAAUAUGGCGGGCGAGGUGGGGAUAGUCUAAUUCUUUCUGAAUCCCAUGUUCACAGGCUACAAAUGCGUUGGUGUCUUUGUUGGAAAUCUCAGUGAAACAAGGCACUGAAUGAGUUAGAAUGGGAUAACUGCUUGCCAGAAAUGUGACUGCCAAGAAAGAAGUUAAAUUACCUGCCACAUCCAUGUGUGGAAAGCUUUUAUUUUUGUCUGUGCUUGCUGUCAGUUUAACUCCUUUCAAAAAAAACAAUAAAUUCACCUUUGAAAACCCUUCUGUUUGUAAUUUAUUGCUCUGCUUUUUGGGGGGUGCUGAGCAUGCUGAAAAGGUGUGGAUGACAUAAUUUUCAUUUAUUCUUUUUAGUAAUACAGUAUGUUAGAACUUAAAUUGGGUGUGUUUAUCUGACUUUAAUUGUUUACACUUACACAUUGAUUUUAAAAGUUAAUGUUGCAGGAGAUGAAUAGUCACUGAUAUGUUUUUUCCACUUUUAUAUGCUGUUUUUAGUGACAAGGCUUAGCUAGUGUUGUUUGAUUGUAUUACUCAAAUAUAGCAUACAACCUUAGUGGAAGUGAUUUAAAUACCACUGAAAUGAAGCAGAAAAUACUAUUUGGUGCAUAAACAUUACACAAAUGCAAAGCUAGUGUUUUCCUUCUGCCUAACACUUGUGCAUACUUGUGGUCUAUAGGCCUAUUUUUGAUGUUGUAUUAGUUUGGUUUUGUGAAUCGGUUUUUACCCACUGAU